CCACAACCGAUGACGCUUCGACUCCACCUCAUGAUGCCAUUUAGCAACAGAUGAGCCGCAGCGGUACAUGCUUUCAUUUCAUGGCUGCCAGCGCCCAACAUUGCCAGCUCCUUGGUGCCCUGACGGCGUGAGAGUUAUAGAGAGUGCAGGGCACUGGGGGGUGGUGGUGGUGGUGGUGGGGGGGGGAAAGAGAGAGAAAGAAAGAGAAAGAGAGAGACUUUCGCUAUGGAGGCUCUAUGGGUGAUCCCGCUGCUGCUGCUGAUCCCGCUCCUGCUGUGGACCAGCAGCACUUUCGUUUUUUAUUUCAAGAAGUGCUUCUACGUGGGCUGGAUGAUGGUGCUGGCCCUGGUGGCGAUCCCUCUGUGCGUCCUGAAGAGCGGCGGCCGGGACGUCGAGAACAUGAGGAUUAUCCGCGUCUUGGUUCGUCACGUGAAGUACUUCCUGGGUCUUCGGUUCGACGUGAGCGGUUGGGAGCAUCUGCAGACGGAGGGACCGUACGUCAUCAUCUCCAACCACCAGAGCUCCCUGGAUGUUUUGGGCUUGAUGGAGAUCUUGCCGGACCGCUGCACCAUGAUUGCCAAGAAGGAGUUGAUCUACGCCGGCACGGUGGGUCUCAUUUGCUGGCUGGGCGGCAUCGUCUUCAUCAACCGCAAGAAGACGAGCGACGCCAAGAGUGUCAUGACUGACGCCGCCCAAACCAUGUUGGACGACCAGAUUCGUCUGUGGGUGUUCCCAGAGGGAACGCGAAACCAGAGAGGCAACCUGCUGCCCUUCAAAAAGGGGGCUUUCCACCUGGCAGUGCAGGCACAAGUACCCAUCAUACCCAUCGUUUUUUCCUCCUACAGUAACUUCUACCUACGGAAAGAAAAGCAGUUCAACUCGGGGACCAUCAGAUUGAAGAUCCUUCCAAAGAUCGACACAAAAGGGAUGACGAUGGACGACGUUUCAUCCCUCUGUGACAAAUCCUUCAACGUGAUGAGCGCUGCCUUCCUCAACGUCUCCGACUCCAAACCCCAUAGCAACGGGCCGCUGAGGCACUGAACAUAUACCAUGCUCCGCCUCCUUUUCCUCCUAUGUCGUCCCUCCCCUCCCCCCCCGUCUGAGUACCACCCCCUUCUUUCCCCGGACCUUCCCCCCCCCACCGCUCUCCCCAGGUUGUCCCGUGACCUGGUCAGGAAACAACAUGACACCGGUCUCUUGUCAUGAAAUCCCUUCUUGUCUCGUCGGCGGCUGGUCCGGUCCGCCUCUGGCCUGACCACACAGCACAGCCGGUCCCGACCCUCACUGUGUCUGCAGCAGCAGCAGCAGCAGCAGCAGCAGCAGCAGCAGCGCUGCUCUGCACGCCGUGAGCGGAGUGACGGACGGCAAGCUGAACAGUAUAGAUGUGUAUUGUUCUUCAUGCAUGCCUUUUGGAUGGGCUCGGUCCACCUUCAUUUUUGCUUUGAAAGUCUGGCUUUUUUUUUUAUUAUUAUUAUUAUUAUUAUCUUACUUUAUCAAUAUUUGUUACUAUUUCUUUCUCUCCACCUGCCUUCUGUUUUGCAGAUAAUCAUUGGCUUUUUUUUCUGUUCAUAAAUGUCAGUGGAUAUUCAUUUGUUCAUCUCAUGCUGCCUUCAUUUGAGUUUAUCUUUGGACACUCUAGCACACAGAAACACAUGCACAGACAGAUUCAAAGUACCCCAUCUCCUUUCUGCCUUUCCUUUUUUUGUGUUUGCAUUCCAGUGUCUGGCUUAAAGACAAAAGGUGCAGGCUCUCAGAGUGGUGGAGUGUGUGGAGGUGAGAGGUCGACACACGGACCUCUUAAGUUCCGUCGCUAUGAAUUCAAGUCUAUAUAUCUAUUUAGGCUCUUCAACCCAAUGACAAAUAACUCCAUGACAUACUUUAUGAUGUCAGCAAGCAAAGGAAUUCAAGAUUACAAGAUGCGGUGUGUAACAAAAGCACCCAUCUGUACUGGAUUACUGGACUCAAGUUGACUGAUCAGUUUUCAAUGUUGUGCAUUGUGGGUGUAUCAUAUGCAUUCAGUCUGUUUCUCUCCAAAAAGGUUUGAAGUAACCUGCGUGCGGCAUCGAGCAACAAGUGUCUUCUCGCUGUAUUUUGUUGAUUUCUAUUUAUUUCUACAUCAGAUAAUCUUGUUUUUUUUUAAGUGAUUUAAAAUUUUGCUCCUCAGAAAGGAACUCACAAGUGAACCUAUUUAAGAUGUGUCAAAAGGGUGAUUUUCAUAUUAUUGUGCAAUGUCCAACUGUUCUUAAGCAUUGAUGCUCCAAAGUGCAAGCUACCUGCUGUGCCAUGACAAAGUGUUUUUUGGGGAAGUUUUCAGUGAAAAGCCCAUAAUGAUCUCGCUAUGAGCUGCUUCAUCAGCCAUCAGCUGACUGAUCUCACUUCGCCAAUGAUAUAAAGGUAGCUCAUGUUGUAGAGAUGAGGGUAAAGCGUGCGUAGAUUUGUGAGAUGAUUUUAGAUCUCAAGUGUUUUUUGGCUGAUUUGUAUUUGUUCUGAUUAACUUGAAGGUUCACUAAUUACAACAAAUUGACAUUCUUAUAGUCGACAUCUCAGAAGAAUUGAAGUGUUGCCCCUGUUUUAGUUUAGUUUUAUCAAUAUGAAAGUGAAUAACCUUGUUUUAGUUGUGAUGUUCUGAUUGAGCUUUUAUUAAACCUCAUAGAAGAAUAUUAGAUUAUUUUAAAAAACCUUGUGGACAUUUUGGCCUUAAAUUUGAUUUUUUUUUUUUUGCACUUGUAUUUUUUUUGCUAGUUUUCUUUUGCUCAAUUUCUGUUUUGUAAAACGUACGGACAAUGACUACUUCUAACCGCAUAGAUCCGACUGAACUGUUUUAGUUUACAUCCAGGUCUUCAAAUUUCACAUUUCUCACUGCCUUUAUACUGUUCGCAAAAUCACUUAUUUUGACGCUUCAGCCCCUCAAACACCAUCUGAGAAUGUAUUUCAGCAUUCAGGGUAUUUGUGUACGACUAAUUGCAACUUAUCGUUGUUUAUUUUAUUUUUCUGGAUCAACGUGUGGGAUGUUGUCUUUCAUACAGUUGGCUUCACAUUUAGAAAAGCCUAUUUAUCUGACCAUUAAAUGCUAAAUUUAGACGGACACAAGCACAUUAACCUUCUGAGGAGAUCUUCUUGUGAAUGGAUUUAUCAAUACUUUGGCACACUGCUGAGCUCUCAGCUUUAACUCCAACCCUCUAUUAAUACAAAACAAAUCUAAUUCUUAUCAUUUAUUUUCUUAGUUUGAUUAUAUUAAGUUUUUAUCUGUGAGGGCCGAUUUUUACCUUUGCAGCAAGUGGUUUGAAUGUUAUAAAGUACUCUACCAAAUUUAUCUCUUCCAAAAUAUGAGCUAUACAAUAUAAAGUUUGCUAACAGAGUGUUUUACCCAUUUACUUCCUGUUCAUUUCGUUCUUAUUUUGUAAUACAAAUGUGUGAUUUGUAAGCUUUGUGUCAUGAGCUUGAACGGUUGGCGAACAGGCCUCUGCAACAACCCUGCUGGUUGAUUUCGGGCAAUUGUUUACGAACUAAGAUACUGUAAAAAUGAAAUAUACAAAGUAUUCUGAACCCUAUUAAAGCACUUUUCAUGCUGAGUAUGGGUGGAAAAAUAACAAGGACUUUAAAGUUUUCUCAGAUUUUCACCAAAGCUAUUAAAAAGUGUAAUUGGUAGUAGCUUUACAUGGAUAUGAGAAACAGAGCUGACAUCCUGCAGAGCCUAAUAUGUGUGUGGUCCCUUACUGUAUGUGUGUGUCUUCAGAUGAGCACACAUGGUAUAGACGCCCAUUAAUGGUUAAUAUUGAUGAUGUAGUGUUCUUGAAUUCACCUUUUCUGGGUAAACGUGAAUGCCUUGCAAAAGAAUAAAUAAAAAAAUCUUUUUUCUUAA